AUGGAAAAGUUUGAUGUGGCUGUAGUUGGGCUUGGUGCAUUUGGAAGUGCAGCAGUGUGGCAAGCGGCCCGAAAAGGGGCCAAGGUGGUAGGAUUUGAACAAUUCGAGUUUGGACAUGUGCAUGGUGCAUCCCAUGAUACUUCUCGAAUUGUCCGUACGUCGUAUGAUGCUCCGGAAUACGUCGCACUCGCCAAGUCCGCGUACGAAGAAUGGACCGAGCUGGAGAAAUCCACAGGAGUCAAGCUCUUGACCAUGACUGGUGGCAUCGUUGUCCUUGCAAGCGACCGUCAUUGGUCUGCUGGUGCAAAGACCACUGAUUACACGGCAAGUUUGGACGCCAAUAACGUGCCGUACGAGCUCCUCAGUGCCAAAGAGGUCAAGAAGCGUUGGCCUCAAAUCAACGUUGGAGAAGAUGUGAAUGCGGUGUAUACCGCCGACACCGGAAUGGCACAUGCGGCAAAGUCAGUGGCGGCGAUGCAAUUCACGGCGCGGGCUCAUGGGGCUAUACUCAAGGAGAACACAACCGUCACCGAGGUGAUUCCUUUUAAAGAAGUCUCCAACGGCAAAGGAGUACUCGUCAAAACGACAAAGGGUGAUUUCCUGGCAAACAAGGUCAUCCUCGCCGCGGACGCCUGGAUCAACAAAUUGCUCGCCCCCUCGGGGUCCACAUUCCGCUCACGAUCAUGCAAGAACAAGUAA